AUGCUGGCGUCAAGGGCUCUUUUGGUGAAGCAAGCAGCAGCUGUGCUCAGCCGCCAACCUGCUUGCAUGGUACACCAUGGAGACUGGGGGAACUGGGGAAACUCCAACAUUGCUGUGGUGUUUUCAGGCUGUGGCUGGUGGGAUGGAACUGAUGUCCAUGAAGCUGCAUACACCAUGUAUCACCUGAGCCGUAAUGGUGCCCGGUUUCAGAUCUUCGCUCCCAACCAGCAGCAGAUGCAUGUGGUGGACCACAUGAAGAUGCAGCCCUCCUCUGGAGAGAACAGGAACAUGAUGAUGGAGUCCGCCCGUUUCAGUCAUGGUCAGGGCAUGAUGAAGAUGCAGGACCUUUCCAGUCUGGAUGUCAACAGCUUUGAUGGAAUUAUCUUCCCUGGAGGACACGGCAUUGUCAAGAACUUGUCCAGUUUUAACAAGGAUGGAAAAGAUUGCAAGCUGCACAAUGAUGUGGAGAAAGUUCUGAAGGAAUUCCAUCGUAAUGGCAAACCUAUUGGUUUGUCCAGCAUGUCUCCUCUGCUGGCCUGCCGUGUUCUGCCAAGUCUGGAGGUCACCAUGGGUUAUGAGCGAGAUGAGAACAGCCGCUGGGGCCGAUGGCCAAACACCAACAUGGUGCAGGCUGUGAAGAGCAUGGGGGCUCGUCACAACGUCCGUGAGCCUUACGAGGCCUAUGUGGACGAGAAAAACAAGGUAGUGAGCACCCCGACCUUCAUGUGGGAGACAGACUAUCACUACCAUUACAUCUUCGAUGGCAUUGGGAACAUGGUCAAGCACGUCAUGCGCAUGUCUUCAAAGUGAUUCCUGUUAUUAACAAAUGCUGAAAAUGCUGAAUCGUAGGUUGAUCCGCACCUGCUGG